GACGAGCCUCUAAUCGAUACAACUCAAGCUCUACCACUACGCUCCAAGAAGACCGAACGCUUGCAGAAGCGUAACCUCAAGAAGCUCCAACGCACCAAGUUUCCUUUCAGCAUCAAAUCAUUCCUCGAGUUGCCUCCAGAACUCCUCGAAGAAGUCUUCUCCCACCUCCUCCCCUCGGAUCUCCUCUCCCUCCUCCAGAUAAAUAAAUCUCUAAACUCCUACAUCCUCGCCAACGAAUCUAUCAUCGUCCGCAACAUCCUCUCCAUCCGAUACCCGGUCCUAUCCAAAUGCCUGCCACUCCCUGUAUCCCUCGCCGAAGUCCCCGAUCCCGCGAAACGAGCCCUGCUCUCAGAAGCCUGGCAAUCACGUCUACAAAUCCACUUCAAGCCGUACCAACACAUCCCGCGCUUCGACUCGGAGAGUCUUUGCUCUUGCAUUACCUGCUUCCUCGCGUGGAAUAACCUCAACCUCGUUCUGGAUCUGGCGCAUUUCCAGCGUCACUUCGCCACACGCACGCCGCUGCCGAUUAUCCCACGCGGUACGAAUCCGGAGUGGAAUCAGGAUCUCACGGCGAAACAUGCUGCGAUCGUCAAUCGGGCUAUCGUGUCUCCUUUGACGUACGCUCGCCUUCUUCAGCUCCAUCUCUCGACUAUAACGACCACCCUUCUUCGCCCUGUGUACAUUUCCUCAAAGAAGGGCUCCCGUCCUCCGUCCACGCCUCUAUACGACAUCACUACGGAGGAUGUCAAGGCGGAGAACGAUGCCUUUUUGGAAAGAAAAGGUCCGAGCAGUCUAGAGUUUCCAUAUGUGAGAGACAUGUAUCACUAUAUUCAUGCUUGGGUUCCCAAUAGAGGAUGGAGUAAGCAGAAGGAGAAAUGGAUGUAUCCUGGGGAGGAG